UAGAUAUCUAAUAUGAAAGAUUAGGGAUAGAAUAGUUAGCGUAUUUUGUAAAAAUUAUAUAAAAACGCUAACAGUGGCCAACCAAUGACGACGCGUACAUGCAGUGCUCCGAUUAUACGAGUGGUGAACGAUCUGGAGUUUCUCCUAGUCCUGGUUUUAUAAAGGCCGAAACAAAAGUUGAGAACGGGUGUAGAUUUUGACAGUUGAUAUCUUUAUGGUGUUCUUGAUUGGUUUUUGACGUAUGUAUGCCUGUAUGACAUGACGUAAGCCGGCUCCGGCGAGAUAUUCUAAACACACGCUGUGUGUAUAUCGAUUAUUAUCCGUUCUGAAGAUGACAUUGUGCUAAUUUUACUGAUUGACACCUAGUAAGGAAUAACGACACAAAGACCGGUAUUUGCAGGCAUGGGCGAUGCUCUCGCUGCUGUCACUACUUGAAAAACGUCAGAAGAUCAUUUUGAGUCGCUCCAGAAGGUUCACCAUGGCCUCUGCCACGGAGCAGCAGCAGCAGCAGCAACAGCAGCAGCAGCAACAGCAACAUACAACCCUGGAGUUUUAUCAGGCGAUGGCUGAUUUUAAGAACAUGUUUCCACAGAUGGAUGACGAUGUGAUAGAGGCUGUAUUGAGAUCCAAUCAGGGAGCUGUGGAUACCACAAUUGACCAAUUGCUCACUAUGAGUACCGACAAUGAGAAUGAGAAGAUUAGGAGUGAGCUGGAGCAGAAGGAAGAGCUUCCAAGCGUUGCGAAGUCACCCAAGAAAGACUCAAGCAAAGCAGCGUUAAGAAUCAGUGUUCAAAAAUGGCAGCCUCCACUGUUGGGACCAUUACCGGAUACCUUUCUAAGGCUCCCCCAGCAAAUGUCUGAUGAUGGUAUCGACUUGGCAUACUUGCAAGAUAAUACUAUGCUGGAGGACGAGAGGAUCGCCAUGUUUUUGCAGAACGAGGAGUUCAUGGCAGAGCUUCGUUGGAAUGAAGAUUUUCUAUCUACAUUGGAACAUGACACAAAGCUGGAGAAGUGCAGCAUCCAUACCGGUCACGACGACGAGGAUCUAUUCAAAGAAAGACUGAAAAAUAUGGGCAAAUUAUCCCGACGUAAAUUCGCGCAACUUACGAAGGUGUUCACUCGUAGUAAGAAGCGCGGCGGUAGGCAAUUGUUACCACCAACAGCUUCUUACGACGAUCUUCUGGAUCCGGAAGAAUCAUCCAAACCUAAGUCCUAAAGAGAGAUCUAUAUCUAUACGAUCCUGCUGGAAUAUUUGCUCUUGUUUUUCGUCAUCGUGAGACGGCAAAUUCAACGACGUUUGCAACUUAAUUUAGAUGUCAUAUGUCAUGGAAAGAAGCAUAUCUAUGUCGUGACUUGCGAGAGACGAGAUAACUACGUCAGGGUCGUAUAAGAUAUAAAUUAAUUAGCGAUUCAGGUUUAUAGCUCACUUGAUGGUUGAUAAUUAGCUGCAGAGAUAAUGGAAUUACAAGGUUUUAAUCUGAAGGUGCGUCAGUAAAAAAAAAAACGAAAACUCAUCGAAUAGAGUGAAUAUCACGUAAGACGCUUGAAACGAUAAAAAAAAUUAUCAAAAAAUCAUUGGUAAUUA